AUGAACCAGACCGCGAAUGACUUUGAAACUACAACUCAACCUGGAGACAAUGUUUUAUUUUUGACUCAAAGAGAUCUCAGCCUUACUGUUCCUAUCAACUUUGUCACAAACCCAAGCGUAUCUCUCACGGCCGCCUGCUUUUCCCAACUUAAUUAUGGUGAUGAUGAAGACUUUAAUACCUGUUUUCGCAACCUUAUGGAUAUGGGAUUCAGGAGGAUACAAAUCGAUCUCUACUGGGAAGAAGACACAGGAAUUUUUUCAUUCUGUCCAGUAAAAAUUUCGAACAUUUCGACAUCUCUUGUUCCGACGCCAAUUCCACCAGAUAUCCUUGGGACUACUACUGCAAAGCUAAGCUCUUCUCCAACUGCUUCGACUGUAGUUUUAGACGCACCAGCAGAUAAUUCAAUCUUUCUAUCUACUUCAAAAUCUCCCACACUGCCCACUACUUACAAGGCCAAUACUUCUGUUAUAAAUAUCGGAACUUACGUGUGCUCAAGCUCUUUGAAUCUAAAGUUAUUUGUAAUCAAGCUGUUGAAUUAUUUAAAGGACAGCGAUAGUGUGCUUGAGGCGCGGAUCUUGUACAUCAUUCUUAACCUGCAUGCUGCUGCUUCCGUAAAUGAAACGGGUUUACUUGAAACAAAUCCAAAUACAUUACCUAGCCCUCAAAAUCUUGUGGGUCAGGCUUUCUCUGCCAAUCUGUCUGAGUAUUUCUACACGCCCAACGACCUACAGUCUGAUCGUGUAAAUCUCAACGAAUCUUGGUACAAGGUUAAUCCGCGUUAUUUAACUACUCACGACUAUUACACUGAAACGAUUGAUAAAGAUGGAAUUGCUUCGUCAAUCGAUGGCUGGCCUGCUGAAAGCUAUAUUGAGUUUGUAUUACAUAAACGUCUCCUGCUAGGAUGGGGAUCAAUCGAUCCUCAAAUGUCUGCAUACAACUUAAGUGGAGAUUCUGACAUUAUAUUCCCGUCAGGCUAUCUCAGUAACGAAAUUCUGGAAACAGAUGUGGAGCAGCUGAAUCAAGGGUGUCUAUGGCCGAGCGAUAGACCGGAAAUCAAUCCCAGUAAUUUAUCCUGGGCGAUCAUGACAACACCGUCAAAUGAAGAACACCCUCCAUUUAAUCAAGAAAAUAUUUUACCUCUCCUAAGCUAUGCUUCUAAUCUGAGCACGUGUGGGGUAUCUCCUUUCUUAAACGUCACUCUUUUGAACACAACGGCCAACAACCAAACGCCUUAUGGUGCAUACGCAAAUAGCACUAUCUGGUCAUGGGCACCUAAAGAGCCACGAAAAUACGAAAGGCUGCCUGAUACAAACUCUACCAGAAAAGGACCCACCUAUCGUUGUGCUACUUCUCAACUCCAUCUAUCUGGUCGUUGGGCUGUAUCAGAUUGCCUGCAGUACAACUUUGGUGCCUGUCGUGCCUAUGGUCAACCAUAUAACUGGACUUUCACAUCGCGGCCCACAAAAUUUGCUCUUGCUGCUAAUUCCUGCCCUAAUGGUUACACUUUCGCAGCCCCCCGUACAGCUUUGGAAAAUUCCUACUUGACGCAAACGAUGCGUCGGAUCGAAGGAAAUCAAAAUGGAAAUGCUAAAUGCUGGGUUGCACUUGAUAGUAUGGAUGUGGAGGGUUGUUGGGUGGUAGGGGGCAAGAACAAUACUUGUCUCUACAAUGAUUCAAUUGCCCUUGAAACAUAUCGCAAACGUACCAUCCUUAUCCCAACUAUUGCUGCCAUACUAGUGUUAGUCGUAACUGCUAUCACAAUUAUUGCAAAGGCCGCCGAUAAUCGAAGGAAAGGUCGAAGGCAGAAUCGAAAAAUAAAUAUAGCUGAUAUAGGCGAGGGCGUUCCUGGAUGA